CACGGAUAAGAAGUUGACCAGGCUGACACCGUCCUACGUAUGGCUAGUGCGAAGGAAACUGCCGAAUCUGCAGAAAACACAUCCAUUCGCCGUUCCGCCGAGCAGGACAUUGAACUCGCCUGAGGCGUUUGCACUUUGCACUACUGGGCAUCUAGUGAAAGGUAGAAGUUCCUUCCUCGCAUCAAUUAUGUUAUCACGCCGCGUAACACUGGUUAGGAUUUCCUGGAGUUGGGUGCAUAGAAGCAUCGAUGAUUUUAGAGCCUCCAAAUCGGACUGGAGGGGAUUGCACUUGGUUGCAGAUUACUAUUUUGGUCCCCGAAAAAAAAAAACACACGCUCUGGCUGUCGGCUGCGAUCACAAUAAUGCACAUAUACGUCCGUGAUAUUCCGCCUUGUCGGGGAAUAUUAUUUUUCAUAGUCAGACAUGAUACUGGAAUCGCCUAUAUAGCCUCCUGAGGUUGUGCUCUUCCUCCCUCCUUGCGCAUAUGCCCAAGGGACUGAGUAACACAAUGCGAUUCUGGAAUCUCUUCGGCCCAAUCGCUUUGCUCCCCAUCGCCGCAGCUGAUUUCCUCAUUGGCACAGUUGAAAUUUUCCCUCCUGAAACCUCGAGCUUUUUUCAGGGAGGUGCGGUCAAUGUGUCCGACAACAAUUGCAAAGCUGCCGCAACCACGUACGUCGGCGCGUUCGUUUAUGGGGCGGACAUCAUGCAGUUCAAGCUUUGCGAGUCUACAGUUAAGAUAUUUAAUAGUUCAUUAUGGGUGCUCGUUCUGGACGAAACAGAACUAAUUAUAAACGGAACAUGCACUCAAAUCCAAAAGCCCAUAGACGACGGGCCUUGCUUCACUGAUAAAUGGUCGCAGGUUUCGGCCACGUGGACUGCUGAAUUGCUCUGCUCAUCGGUGGUGUGCCUAACGGGGGAGUUGGACUAAUCAAUGACACACUUAUCCACAUCGUGCAGAUGAUUGUCAUCUGCCUCGCGCUGUACAAUCGGAUCUGCGUUACCGCGGUCAAUAAUGUAUGUCCUGCCAUCCGC